CGUUCAUGUGCAACGAGGAGCCGGACCUUUUCCAUCCAGUCUCAUGAAGUUGAUGACUUCAUUGCGGAUUUACAGUGAAAACCAUCGGAGUCGAACCUUUUCUAGAGGGCGGCAUCCCGGCUCUGGUGUCCUGAUCCAGUGCUGACUUAAAACAAAUCAAUCACCAGCAAAUACCUCCACCCACCUCCAGGAAGAGACUGGCAAAAGCCUGGUGGAGGCCACCGUCUAUUACCUGGCAUCGCUCACAUCUGGCAGCAUAAAUGUCACCCAUUUUGAGCCAGGUGUUCUUCUGCCGGGCCAGUGCAGGAAUUUAAGCUUUAUUGAUUGAUUUAAAAAAAACAACAACAUUUUCCUUCUCAUCAUCAACACCUCCACCACCACCCCCCACCUCCCCUUUUUCCUCCCUCCCUGCUUCCCCCUCUAACCUACACUGGGUUUUUGGGAAGAUGGGCUGUCUGGGCAACAGUAAGACUGAAGACCAACGCAACGAGGAGAAGGCACAGAGGGAGGCCAACAAGAAGAUUGAGAAGCAGCUCCAAAAAGACAAACAGAUCUACCGGGCAACUCACCGGCUACUACUGUUAGGGGCCGGCGAGUCUGGGAAAAGUACGAUAGUCAAACAGAUGCGAAUAUUGCACGUGAACGGAUUCAACGCAGAGGAGAAAAAACAGAAAAUUCAUGAUAUUAAAAAUAACAUAAAAGAAGCGAUAGAGACGAUUGUAGCCGCCAUGACUACACUCACGCCUCCAUGCCAGCUAGCCUGUCCUGCAAACCGCUUCCGGAUCGACUACGUCCUCAACCAAGCAAGCCAAAAGGAUUUUGACUUUCCUAAAGAAUUUUAUGAUCACACAAAAAUCCUCUGGCAGGACGAGGGCGUGCGGGCAUGCUGGGAAAGGUCCAAUGAAUAUCAACUCAUUGACUGUGCGCAGUACUUUUUAGACAGAAUUGAUGUGGUCAGACAAAACGACUACACGCCCACGGAUCAGGACCUCUUGAGAUGCAGAGUACUGACAUCUGGGAUCUUCGAGACGAAAUUUCAAAUAGACAAAGUUAAUUUCCAUAUGUUUGAUGUUGGAGGUCAGAGAGACGAACGUCGAAAAUGGAUCCAGUGUUUUAACGAUGUGACGGCGAUCAUCUUUGUGGUGGCGAGUAGCAGCUACAACAUGGUGAUCAGAGAAGACAAUCAGACAAACAGACUACAGGAAGCCCUCAAUCUUUUCAAGAACAUUUGGAACAACAGGUGGCUACGGACCAUUUCUGUAAUCCUUUUCCUGAACAAACAAGACUUACUAGCAGAGAAGGUGUUGGCGGGGAAGUCCAAAAUUGAGGAGUAUUUUCCAGAGUUUUCACGAUACACUACACCUGACGAUGCAAUACCAGAACCAGGAGAGGACCCACGAGUUACCAGGGCCAAGUACUUCAUACGGGAUGAGUUUCUGGUGUGUACAAAGAUCAAAUCCCAGCAGAGGAUCAGCACAGCCAGUGGGGAUGGAAGACACUACUGUUACCCUCAUUUCACCUGCGCAGUCGACACGGAAAACAUCCGGCGUGUCUUCAAUGACUGUCGGGACAUCAUACAGAGAAUGCACCUACGGCAGUACGAGCUCUUGUGAUGUGUCCUGCUGAUGUACCCACCGAUCAAGCAGAAGCCCCUCUACCGUGACUGGUUGACCCACUUCACCCUCCAGUUCUACCAUGUCACCGCAACACGAGGAAGCAAGAGACCAGCCGCUCUCCUCUCAAACACAAAUACAGCUUUCCCUGCAACACAACGUCGAACAAAGAGUAAAGAGGAAACUUGCUUUUCUGUCUUAGUUUGAGCAACAACAACAGUCUGUUUGGACUGACACUGACCCAGUGAGAGGGGUUUCGACUGGAAUCUUCAGUGUGGAGGAAAUAUACACUCGCAAAAAUACUGUGGAAUAGGACUGCCGGACCUCUGCAUAUCUUUUACUAAAGCAGUCGUAAACACCAUCAUUUUUAAACCACUUCCCCACUAUAACAGUUUUUAGAGGGACAGUACAAUAUUUUCUGAGAGAGAGAGAUGUCUUGUUUUUUUUUGUUGUUUUCCUUUAGAAAAGGCACAAACAACGGACAUGCUGGGUGGUACACCGCAACAAAGAGGGCUGUUGUUCCUGGUUACAAACAAAGAGACUAGUUCACUAAGGGACUGUGGACGUUUGCGCGCCUGCGUUAAGUCGCAUGGCUCUUAAGGAAAACCAGUCAAGGCUUAACUGCAGAUAUUACCAACAUUUAAAAAAAAAGGAAAAUAUCAAACAAAUGCAUUGAUUCAUGCUCACCAGUGAACUACAUGCAGUGCAAAAAAAUUUAAUCUAUCUAUCUCUCUAUCUAUCUAUAUAUAUAUAUAUAAACAUAUAUGUGUAUAUAUAUAUAUAGAUAUAUAUAUACAUAUAUAUAUAUAUAUAUACACACAUGUAUAAAUUAUAUAUUCCUGUUAUGAUGCAGUUCAACUUUUAUGUUUUUGUUAGUUUUUAUCUCAUGUUGUUUGUCAAUGUACACUGUGUGAUCUGCCUUUGUGCACCAUUUAUACUCCACUUUAACACACUCAUGCUUACAAAUAACUAAAGAUGCUCAUCCCCGCCCUCCUCCCAGCUGUCUGUCCGCAAGCCGACAUAUGAAAAAUAAGUGUACGUUUUUUUUUUCAUUUAACACAAUAAAUAAAAGCUUAGCAAAAAGAGGAAGCAUGAAGUCAAAGACAAACCGACUGAAUGCAGCGUUUUGAGCAGAAACACCAACACAGAUACUCCAGCCCUCAUCACAUCGGUCCCGUCUGUCCUUACCUUGUGUCUUUGUCUCCCACUUCUCCCACUCACAACCUCCUUCCCUGGCUUUGAGUAUGUCUCUUUCUUUUACUGCUGGACUAUUAUUCUUGUACAGACUGUAAAAUGUAUUAUUUUGUACAACUUUACUGAAAAGAAAAAAAACUUGUAGAAGAUCCUUGUGCCUUGAUCAUGACUGUACUUGUAAAAAAAAAAGAAAAAGGAGCUAA